AGUAAGUACUCCUUCCCCCACCUCUCGCCGCCGCCGCCGCCGCCGCCGCCACCACCACCGAUCGCUCCGGCCAACAGUUUCCACGAGUUGCUAGAAACCCCUGCUUGCAUCCUUGUAGCUACUAGCUAGUUAGUUCGUGGAUUGAGGCUGCACAUUCACCAUUUCCUCCAGCCGGGGAUGAAUGCAACAAGUUACAUACAGCCCAGUUUUGUCAACUUGCAAAGGCGAAAUGGCCUAAAGUUUGGAAGACUACUGAACUCGGUGAAGAUCAGGUCUUGCUUGUCAGAGAUAGCAUCGUCCACCAGCGAGGAGCAUGGUGAUAAGAGUUCGCCGUUGGUGAAAAUGUGUGGGAUAACAUCGGCUAGAGAUGCUGCCAUUGCUGCAGAAGCUGGGGCUGAUUUCAUUGGGAUGAUCAUAUGGCCAAACUCCAAGCGCUCAAUUUCACUUUCAGUCGCCAAAGAAGUUUCAAAAGCUGCUAGGGCAAAUGGAGCAAAGCCUGUCGGUGUAUUCGUUGAUGAUGAUGCAGAUACUAUAAGGCGAGCUGCAGAAGUAGCUGAUCUUGAAUUUGUACAGCUUCAUGGGACUGGUUCAAGGGCGGCUCUCCAACAAUUAGUACAAGAUACCCGGAUAGUCUAUGUUCUUCAUGCAAACAAGGAUGGGGAGCUUCUGAAUGAAAUCUCGGAUGAAGAAAGUUCGUUGGUUGAUUGGAUUCUCUUUGACAGUGCAACUGGUGGCAGUGGAAAGGGAUUCAACUGGGCUCAGUUUAAGUUACCACCAAUCAGGAGCAAGCAUGGUUGGCUCUUAGCAGGAGGGAUCAACCCUGAAAACGUUUGUGAUGCUUUGACCACCCUGAAGCCUCAUGGUAUAGAUGUUAGCAGUGGCAUUUGUGGCUCAGAUGGGAUAAAUAAGGAUCCAUCUAGAAUCGCCUCGUUCAUGACCGCUGUACGUUCUGUACGCUAUUGAUCCUAACAUGACAGCAAAAAUCAUACUGUUGUAUUCAUCAUUUUACUUGCUGGAGGUUCACAGUGAACUUAGCAAUGAACUGGUUUUUAUACAGAGCUGAGCAACCC